GCUGGGAAAAUGCAGGCUGUGCUCCUUUUGUUGGUCUUUCUCGUGCCUCCUGAAGCUGCAGCUGAGGCGAUUAUCGGUGGCACUGAAUCCAAACCACACUCCCGCCCCUACAUGGCCCAUCUGAAAGUCAUCACCAAGCAGGGCACUUUUGUCCACUGUGGUGGGUUUCUCAUAAGCCGAGAAUUUGUGAUGACAGCUGCUCAUUGUAAAGGAAGGCGCAUUACUGUCACUCUUGGAGCUCAUGACGUGGUGAAGAAAGAAUCCACAUGGCAGAAGAUAGAUGUUGCCAAACAAUUCGUUCACCCCAAUUACAACUCUUACACCAACCUCAACGACAUCAUGUUACUGAAGUUACGAUGGCCCGCCAUGCUGACCUUCGCUGUGGGGACAGUUCCCCUGCCUUCCCGGAGAACCUUUAGCCUGCCUGGAACAAUAUGCCAGGCAGCUGGCUGGGGAAAAACAGGAGUGACAGAUCCACCGUCCAAUACCCUGAGGGAGGUGAAUCUGAGACUCAUGGAUGACGAGGUCUGCAACUACUUCCCGUUUUACGACCGUGGACUCCAAAUGUGUGUGGGAGAUCCUAGGAUAAUAGGAUCUGUAUUCAAGGGGGAUUCUGGAGGCCCACUUCUAUGUGCUGGGGUAGCCCAAGGUAUUGCGUCUUAUGUAAGUCAAAAUGCACAGCCUCCUGCCGUCUUCACCCAAAUCUUCUCAUAUAUGCCCUGGAUUAAAAAAGUACUAAAGGGCAAGUAG